CUUCACUAUAAAUAGAAGCCAGAAUUGUGUUUUUCUCAUUGAAGUGUGCAAGUAGAACCAUUUCUCUAAAUCUUAUCUGUGUCAAGUGUUCUUCAAAAUUACAUCAUUUGUCUGUUUAGUGAAAAGAAAUGAGUUAUUCAAAUUCUUCCAUGGGUUCUGGAAGUAGGGGGGCAAGAAGAACAGUGGAGUUUGGCAGGACUUAUGUUGUCAGGCCAAAAGGAAAACAUCAGGCUACCAUCAUUUGGUUGCAUGGUCUUGGUGAUAAUGGAUCCAGCUCAUCACAAAUGUUGGAAACCCUCCCUCUUCCAAAUAUUAAGUGGAUAUGUCCAACUGCUCCUACUCGUCCAGUGACUAUUCUUGGUGGAUUUCCUUGUACUGCAUGGUUUGAUGCUGGGGAUCUAGCUGUAGAUGGUCAGGAUGAUGUUGAAGGUUUAGAUACUUCUGCUGCACAUAUAGCAAACUUGUUAUCAACUGAACCAGCUGAUAUUAAGGUUGGAAUUGGAGGUUUUAGUAUGGGUGCUGCAACUGCUCUUUACUCUGCUACAUGCUUUGCCCAAGGGAAAUAUGGAAAUGGUUAUCCAUAUUCGAUCAAACUUAAAGCUGUUAUUGGUCUAAGUGGUUGGCUUCCAUGUUCAAGGAGCUUGAGGAACAAGAUUGAAGGAUCGGUUGAAGGAGCUAGACGGGCUGCAUCUUUACCAAUUUUACUUUGCCAUGGGAAAUGCGAUGAUGUAGUUCCAUAUAAACACGGGGAAAAAUCUUGUCAAACGCUCGCCUCUGCUGGAUUUCGAUAUGUAGUUGUGAGAAUUUAUGAUGGGAUUGGUCACUAUACGGUUCCUAAAGAGAUGGAUGAGGUUUGCAAUUGGCUUAACAUUAGGCUGGGGCUAGAUGGAUCUCGGUUUUGAUUGAUGGGUGAUGGUUUCUUUGAUGGAUUUAUUAGAUUUUUUUGUUGUUGUUCUUCGCGUCUUCUUGAGGUUUUCCUUGCGUUUAUCCAAAUAAAGUUUUUUUUUUUUAAUUUUCUUUUUGUAUGUGUAUGUAUGUGUGUAAUGUGGGCUAAAAGAUGGGAUAUUGUUUUGAGUAUUCUUUUGAAUGAAUAAUUAUUCCCAAUUGGUUAUGG